AUGGGGGAUCCUAUGCGAGGUUUAGGGUUCCGCUCGCGCGUUUCUCUAUGCGUUUCUGGAGAGGAUCGACGCCAAGGUUUUUCUAUGGCCGGAAGACGGGGGUCCGUGUCCUCUUCUAGGGUGCAGGUAGCUUCGAGCAUGGCCACCGUGAACAACUGGUUGGGCUUCUCCCUCUCCCCGCAGGAGCUCCCUCCCUCCGCCGCCGCCUCAGGUGACGUCUCCGGCGCCGACGUCUGCUACAACAUCCCGCAAGAUUGGAACAUGAGGGGAUCGGAGCUAUCAGCGCUGGUGGCGGAGCCGAAGCUGGAGGACUUCCUUGGCGGCAUAUCUUAUUCCGACCAUCACCACCACCAGCACAAGCAGCCUGGCGGCAACAACAUGGUCGUCCCUGCAGGCAGCGCCAGUGGCGGUGCCGCUUGCUACGCGAACUCUGGCGGCAGUAGCGUGGGCUACCUGUACCACCCCAGCUCGGCCUCCCUCCAGUUUGCCGACUCCGUCAUGGUGGCUUCCUCCGGCGGUGGCGUCCACCACGACGGCGCUGGCAUCAUGGCGAACACCACAGCCAACGGUGACCUUAAUGGCGGCGGCGGGGGUGGCAUCGGGCUGUCCAUGAUCAAGAGCUGGCUGCGGAGCCAGCCAUCCCCGGCACAAGCACAACCACCGGAGCAACAGAGGGCAGAGGCGGCGGCGCAGGGGCUCUCGCUGUCCAUGAACAUGGCGGCGUGCAUACCGCCGCUUGUUGGCGGGGAGCGUGGCGUGCCGGAGUUGGCGAUUGUACGGAAGGAUGACACGGCUGGUGGCAGCAGUGCUGGUUCUGGCGCCGUAGUGUCGGCCGGUGCGGACAGCACUGGCGGAAGCAGUGGCGCGGUGGUCGAGACUCCAGCGUCGAGGAAGACAGCCGACACGUUUGGGCAGCGGACUUCGAUUUAUCGUGGCGUGACCAGGCAUAGAUGGACCGGGAGAUAUGAGGCUCACUUGUGGGACAACAGUUGCAGAAGAGAAGGGCAAACUCGCAAGGGUCGUCAAGUCUAUCUAGGUGGCUAUGACAAAGAGGAGAAAGCUGCAAGAGCUUAUGAUUUGGCUGCUCUCAAGUAUUGGGGUGCCACGACGACGACAAAUUUCCCAGUAAACAACUAUGAAAAAGAGCUAGACGAGAUGAAGCACAUGACAAGGCAGGAGUUUGUGGCAUCUCUGCGAAGAAAGAGCAGUGGUUUCUCCAGAGGUGCAUCCAUUUAUCGUGGAGUAACUAGGCACCACCAACAUGGGAGAUGGCAAGCGAGGAUAGGGAGAGUUGCAGGGAACAAGGACCUCUACUUGGGCACCUUCAGCACGCAGGAGGAGGCUGCCGAGGCGUACGACAUCGCGGCGAUCAAGUUCAGGGGCCUUAACGCUGUCACCAACUUCGAUAUGACGCGCUACGACGUCAAGAGCAUCCUCGACAGCACCGCGCUCCCCAUCGGCAGCGCCGCCAAGCGCCUCAAGGACAAAGAGGCAGCCACGGCGUCGUCCCUCGCGCUGCAGCAGCAGCAGCACGCAGGCGUGGUGAGCGGCUACGACAUGGGCGCCCUGGCCGCCUACGGUGCGGCGUACCACCACCAUCACCCCUCCGUCGCCGGCGCUGUUGCGUGGCCGACCAUCGCGUUCCAGACGCCGCCUCAACAGGUUUCCGGCGGCGGUGGUGGACACAUGUACCACCCCUACGCCCAUGCGCAGCCGCUGCGCGGGUGGUGCAAGCAGGAGCCGGACCACGCGGUGAUCGCGGCCGCGCACAGCCUGCAGGAGCUCCACCACCUCAACCUCGGCGCCGGUGGCGGCGCACACGACUUCUUCUCGCAGCAUGCCCAGGCGAUGCAGCAGCAGCAUGGCGGCCUUGGCAGCAUCGACAACGGGGCCGGCGCCUCGCUGGAGCACAGCACUGGCUCCAACUCCGUAGUGUACAACAACGGCGCGGUCGAGAGCUAUAUGCUGCCAAUGAGCACCACCACCACUGCGGCGGUGAGCCACGCCCACGAGCAGGCGGCAGCGCAUGCCCACGCACGGGCGGUGGCGGCACAGGCGUAUAGCGGCGGCAACAUGAGCAGGGAUCACGACGACGGGAAGAUCGCCUACGAGAACUACCUCGUCAGCACCGCAGAAGCCUACGGUGGGGGGAGGAUGGCUGCGUGGGCGCCGGCCUCAGCUCCGCCGGCGACAAGCAGCAGCGACAUGACCGGCACGCAGCUCUUCAGCGUCUGGAACGACACUAAUUAG